CAAAUUCGCAAGAUAAUUAUAAUCAACAAGGAGUGCAGCCAACUGCUGCAGCCAUGCUUGUAAGUGUGCCACCACACUUUCAACUUGCAAGCUAAGAUUUCCUAUAAAUACCUGGCAACAUCGCCAGCAUUUUUCAUCAAACACGUUCUUCAUUGAUUUCAAAAUCAAAAUGGUUAAUUCUUGGUUACACAAGAUUUCAUUUAUUCCUCUCCUCUGUGUUUUAGGGUUAGACAUUGUAGCCGAUAUAACCGCCUACGCUCAAGAUUCACCGCAAGACUAUCUUGAUGCUCACAACGCAGCAAGAUCAGAGGCAGGUGUAGCCGAUUUGGCUUGGGACGAUGACGUUGCGGCGUUCGCCGAGAACUACGCAUCGGAACGGCAAGGGGACUGCGAAAUGAUUCACUCCGGUGGCGGCGACGAGGGUUACGGCGAGAACAUUGCAUGGAGCAGUGGUGAUCUUGCAGGCAGCGAAGCAGUGGCAAUGUGGGUGGAUGAGAAAGACAAGUAUGACUACGAUUCAAACUCGUGUGUUGGCGGAGAGUGCCGUCACUACACUCAAGUUGUUUGGAGUAACACUAUACGGCUUGGAUGUGCCAAAGUGAAUUGCGAUAAUGGAGGCACUUUCAUUACUUGUAACUACCAUCCUCCUGGAAAUUAUGUUCACCAAAGGCCUUACUAGUAGUGCUCAUCUUCUCUUAUUAAUUUUUUCCUCAAGUUAAGAACGGUUGUAUACUUAAAAAGGUGAAAAUUCACGUGAAGUCAACUGCACCUGAGUUUUCACCACUUAAAAAACUAUCGGUUGUAUACUAAAAUCAGGUGAUAAAAUUGGUUGUUAUUAUUGUCAUCAGGAUAGGAAAAUAUCUAGGUUCUAUGCGAACUGCGAAACUUGGGAUUUCAAUUCCAAUAUCAACACCAUAGAUUUGUGCUCAUCAUUCACUGGUAUUGAAUGUAUAAGAACCCCAAUUUCAUAAUCAA